AUGUUGCUCAAGCAAAUAUUAUCGCUAGCUUUGACAUUCGCAAGUGUUUCGAUACCAGAAAAAGAUUACUCAAACAGAGAUUUUUUAGAGAAUUUAAUUGAAAAACAAGGAUAUCACGUGAAAAAAUACCUGGUCACCACUUCCGAUGGAUAUCAGCUGUCUUUGCAUCGCAUCCGCAGCUCAAAAUACACAAAGAGCCCGGUUUUGUUACUGCACGGCCUACAAGCGUCUGGCGCUCAAUGGGUCUUAAAUGGCAACAAAAGUCUCGCUUUUAUGCUUUCCCGCGCUGGAUACGAUGUUUGGCUGCUAAACAAUCGCGGAACAACUCUCUCCAGCGGUCACAAGACUCUUUCGUACCACGACCCAAAAUAUUGGGAUUUUAGUUUUCAUGAAAUUGGGAUUUACGACUUGCCGGCUGCGAUUGACUUAAUUUUACAUGCCACCCGAAGAAAUGGGCUUCACUUUAUCGGACACUCUCAAGGCUGUUCGAGCAUUCUCGUGACUGCCACACAACGUCCAGCGUAUCAACGGAAAAUUAUUUCAGCGUAUUUUCUGAAUCCCGGAGUUUAUUAUCGACACAUUUCCGCGGAUUGGAACAACACCUUCCAUGCCUUAUCAGAAGUGCUUCGGGAGACAAAAAAUCCAGCUUUGAUGACACGAAACACGUUAUUAGCAAAAGUUGUCGCAAAAUCGUGUAACGGCCCUUUUUUGGGCAAUUUAUGCACUUCGUACUUCAUGCAGUCACUUGGCGGGGACAAUCACGAGGCAGCCAAUCCACAAAAUCUGAUUUCGAUUUAUGCGAAAUAUAUUUUCAAUAAUGCCGGAUGGAAGCAAUUCGAUCAUUACAAGCAACUUUUUGACGCUGGCAGGUUCCAAAUGUACGAUUAUGGACCAAAAAUCAAUUACAGAAUUUACGGGUCGUCUCAGCCUCUGGAAUAUGAUUUAUCUGAGGUUUACUUUCCAAUUAGUCUCAUGUACGGCACUCUUGAUACCUUAACCCCAGCUGCCGACAUUAAAUCAUUAAUUCCCGAAAUAAGAAAUCUCAAAGGAGUAAUAGGACUGCCGUGGAACCACAUGGAUCUCGUACACAGCAAAAAUGCCGACAAAUGGCUACAUCGCCCAAUUAUCGAUUCACUAAAUGAUAACAAUUUUCAUUAA